UAUACUCCACCAUUCCAUAUCGCUACUUUCGAUGGUAAGGAAGAUUUAGGUGCACGGUUUGUGGAACUUAACGGUGACGGUAAAAUUGACUUUGUAUAUCAUCGGUGGCUGAGCGGAAAGAAGCAACAAAAGGGAGCUUAUCUUAAUACUGGUAAUGGUUGGGCCAGUGCACCAGACUUCAUCCCACCAUUUCAUAUCGCCGCUCCUGGCCAUGGUGAUCUGGGAGCAAGAUUUACAGAUCUCAACGGUGAUGGGAAGGCAGACUUGAUAUACAAUCGAUGGAUAAAUCUCUUCUCUCAACAGAAAGGGGCGUAUCUCAAUAACGGCAAGAAGUGGGUCUGGGCGCGACAAUAUAUACCUCCACAUCAAACUGCCGUUGACGGUAUAGCUGACACUGGAUUGAGACUGGUUGAUUUUAAUGGUGAUGGGAAAAUUGAUAUUGUCUAUUAUCGCUGGUUGAAUGCUUUAGAGCAACAAAAG